CUCAUAGACUGGUCCACUUCUAGAGACUGGUCCACUUCUAGAGACUGGUCCAGCUCAAGUGACUGGUCCAGCUCAAGUGACUGGUCCAUCUCCAAUGAUUGGUCCGUCUCCAACUGGUCCACUUCUAGAGACUGGUCCAGCUCAAGUGACUGGUCCGUCUCCAGUGAUGGGUCCAGCUCCAGUGACUGGUCCGUCUCCACUGACUGGUCCGUCUCCAAUGACGGGUCCAGUUCCAGUGACUGGUCCGUCUCCAGUGACUGGUCCAGCUCCAGUGACUGGUCCAUCUCCAGGGCCCCCAACACAGCAGAGCUGAGGAUUUGUCGUGUCAACAGGAACAGUGGAAGUGUUAAAGGAGGAGAUGAGAUCUUCUUACUUUGUGACAAAGUUCAAAAAGAUGACAUUGAGGUUCGUUUCUUCUCCUCGGACGGUUGGGAGGCCAGAGGCUCCUUUUCUCAGGCUGAUGUUCAUCGUCAAGUGGCGAUUGUGUUUAAGACUCCAUCUUACUACAACACAUCCAUUACAGAGUCGGUCAGCGUCCACAUGCAGCUUCGCAGACCCUCCGAUCAGGAAGUCAGUGAAGCAAUGGACUUCAGAUACCUGCCUGAUGACAAAGAUCCGUACGGUUACAAUGAGAAGAAGCGUAAGUACGUGAUGAAGAUGUCGGGUCUGACAGGUGGUUUAGGUGCUAGUCUGGCACUGAGCAGGCCGAAGGCAGUGCCGCAACACAUGAGGAAAGAUCCCAGUAAUGUGUACCUGAGGCAGUCCACCCCCUCAGUUUUCGGUCCGCCCUUCCAAACCAGCCUUUCGGGUUUGAUGAUGACAUCACCUGCUCAGAACUUACAGAUGAAUAACUCCUGGGUCAGUCCCAGCCCAACGAUCUCGAUGGACACGGUCACUAUAAACUCAUCUGGAUCCAUGAGCAACCGUCCAAACGGCAGCAGACCGCAGCAGCAGAACCGUGGACCUGUGUACCGACCACAGCCCAACAGUUGUGAAAACCCCGUGCUCCCUCAGCUCUCCAUGCGUGAUCUGCAGUGUUUGGACACGGGUCUCCAGGCUCCGGGAAUCAAUCAGCCCGACUCCCAACCACUCUUCCACCUGCAGCAUCAGGGGGAAGAGCUCUCCUCCGAGUCUCAGGCUCAGAUCCAUUUGGCCAGCCAAAACCAAGGUCUCCAGAAUAUGUGGCAUGGCUUCAGCACCACCAGUACAGCCCAGAACAGCUUUAACGGAUCAGUACCUGGAGGUGGGGGGGUGUCACAGGGCCAUGGCUUAUUCCCCUUACUAGAGGGAAUGGAAAGGGAUGAAUUUCAGGUUGGAGGGACUAGUUUCCAGUUAAAGCAGGAACCACAGGUCUCAGUUGGACCAGACUCGUGUUUCUCUCAGUCCCCAAGAGAAAACCAAGGAAACACUUACACCAACUUACUGCCUCGUCCCAUGAGCAACGAUCUUAACCUAGAUCUAAGAAGGCAUGACACCAGUGGCAUCAUGCAGCCUCUUGCAAACCUUCAAAGUCCGUUAGCCAGUAACGGCCUGGCCCCAGAAGUCCACUACGCCACUUUGGCUGACUGGAUCAAAGCUUCGCGGCAAAAUGACUAA